AUCUGGCCACACUGAUCUCCUGUGUACCGAAUUCCUGCACAUAUUGUUUUGUUUUUGUUAUUUAUCAGCGCACACUUAUCACGAAGUCAGACAAAAUGAAAACACGUUUCAGUACUUAUGAUAUCAUUUGCGGAGUAGCCGAACUACAAAGGUUGGUCGGCUUGAGAGUGAAUCAGAUUUAUGAUAUCGACAACAAAACGUAUUUGAUUCGCCUUCAAGGAACCGGUGGGGAAACGGAAAAGGUUACGUUGCUUAUCGAGUCGGGCACUCGAUUCCAUACAACAGCAUUUGAGUGGCCGAAAAAUGUAGCUCCAUCGGGGUUUAGCAUGAAGCUAAGGAAACAUUUGAAGAAUAAGCGCCUGGAGCACAUUCAUCAAUUGGGUGCGGAUCGAAUUGUCGACCUUCAAUUCGGAACCGGUGAUGCUGCUUACCACGUCAUACUUGAGCUCUACGAUAGGGGCAAUGUGAUUCUAACUGAUUAUGAGCAGACCAUACUUUACAUUCUGCGUCCACAUACCGAGGGCGAAGCUCUUCGCUUUGCAGUUCGGGAGAAGUAUCCCAUUGAUAGGCCCAAACAGGCCAAUGAGGAAAUAUCAGAAGAUAAAUUACGGGAGCUUAUAGAGAAAGCACCGCCCGGCGAAUAUAUAAGGCGCUCAUUAAUGACAAUUUUAGAUUGUGGUCCAGCGGUAAUUGAACAUGUUCUGCACCUGCAUGGUUUAGAAAAUCGUGCUACUCCCAUGAGCGAAGUUCCUUUGGAAGAGACUGCAGCUGAAGAUGACAAGUCGCAGAAUCCUAAAAAUGCAAAAAACAAGCGGAAACAGAAGAACAAGCAUGCAUCGAAAUCUGACGCUGUUCCUUUUGAUUUCGACAAGGAUCUUCCUAAAUUGAUGCAAGCCAUAAAGAAUGCCUAUGAAAUUCUAUCUGAUGGUCGUAAAGGUCCAUCCAAAGGCUACAUAAUGCAAGUGAAAGAAGAAAAACCCACAGAUGGUGGGGAUGUGGAUUAUUUCUUCAGAAAUGUGGAAUUCCAUCCAUUUCUGUUUUCUCAGCUUAAACAUCUAGAAGUUGAAGAGCACGAAACAUUCAUGACUGCUGUGGACGAGUUCUUCUCAAAGCAAGAGUCGCAAAGGAUUGAUAUGAAAACGCUGGGUCAAGAACGUGAUGCUCUCAAAAAACUUUCCAAUAUUAAAAAUGAUCAUGCCCAGCGACUGGAAGAUCUUAAUAAGGUUCAAAGUGUUGACAAAAGGAAAGCCGAGUUAAUAACAUGCAAUCAAAGUUUGGUUGAUAAAGCAAUUCUUGCCGUACAGUCAGCAAUCGCUAGUCAGCUUCCUUGGCCCGACAUUCGCCAGCUUGUGAAAGAGGCCCAAGCCAAUGGAGAUAUUGUCGCUAAUUCCAUUAAACAGUUGAAGCUGGAAACCAACCAUAUAUCGUUAAUACUUUCCGAUCCUUAUAGUGCAAAUGACAGCGAUGAAGAUGACGAUGAGGAAUCCGAAGAACCAAUGAUUGUGGAUGUGGAUUUGGCUUUAUCAGCAUGGGCUAAUGCACGGCGCUAUUACGAUUUGAAACGCUCAGCUGCUAAAAAAGAACAAAAGACAGUCGAUGCUUCGGAGAAAGCUCUUAAGUCUGCAGAACGUAAAACUCAGCAAACUCUUAAAGAAGUCCGAACUAUAUCAAAUAUAGCCAAAGCACGCAAAGUCUUUUGGUUUGAGAAGUUUUAUUGGUUUAUAAGUUCCGAGAACUAUCUGGUGAUUGGUGGAAGAGAUGCUCAACAAAAUGAACUUAUUGUCAAAAGGUACAUGCGGCCAAAGGAUAUAUAUGUGCACGCUGAGAUUCAAGGUGCUUCGAGUGUUAUAAUUCGUAAUCCAAAUGCGGAUGAAAUCCCCCCGAAAACGCUAUUGGAAGCUGGAACCAUGGCAAUAUCCUACAGUGUUGCAUGGGAUGCAAAGGUUAUAACAAAUGCCUAUUGGGUUACAAGUGAUCAAGUUAGUAAAACAGCACCGACAGGAGAAUAUUUGGGAACUGGUAGUUUCAUGAUCCGUGGAAAGAAGAAUUUCCUACCAUCUUGCCAUCUCAUCAUGGGCUUAAGUUUUCUAUUUAAAUUGGAAGAUAGCUUUGUUCAGCGGCACGCCGGUGAACGAAAAAUUCGGAGUACAGAUGAAGAUCCCAAUGACAUUGACUUGAAACAGUGUGACAUCGCUAACGAUGGCCUUCCAGAAAUAAGUGAAGACGGUGAAUCAUUGCCGUCACAGAAUGUAAAUAAUAUUGAAAACGCUGACAAUGCUUUUCCGGAUACUGAAGUAAAAAUUGAACAUGAUACAGGUCGAGUGACAAUAAGAACCGAUUCUUAUCCUCAAGGCAGUGAACCUGCUACUGAACCUGAAAAUGACCUAACUAAAAAUGCGACGGAAGACGAAGAAACGACGAUUAUAGCUGCCGCCCCUGCACGUCAAAAGCAACAAAAGAGCAAUAAUAAACGUAAAGACGAUAAAGGGCGUAAAAAUAAACCACAAAAUCAAGUAACUGAAGUCGAAGUAGAGCCCAAACCAAAUACAGGCGUGCUAAAGCGAGGACAAAAGUCCAAAUUGAAAAAGAUGAAACUAAAAUACAAAGAUCAAGAUGAGGAAGAGAGAAAAUUAAGGAUGAUGAUACUUAAUUCGUCUGGCAAAGAGACUGCCAAAGCACCCAACAGUAGUGUUGAUGAAAAGACGGAAGUAACCAAAGCAGCAGAAGUCAAACGAGAUAGGAAUCCCAUGCCAAAGCCCCAAGUUGAGAUUGAUGACAAUGAAGAUAUGCCAACUGGAGCUGAUGUUGAGAUGCUUAAUACGCUCACGGGUCAACCGCUUGAAGACGAUGAGCUACUAUUUGCCAUACCAGUAGUGGCUCCAUAUCAAGCUUUGCAGCAAUAUAAAUUCAAAGCUAAGCUAACACCAGGAACUGGUAAACGUGGAAAGGCCGCUAAACUGGCACUUAAUAUGUUCUCAAAGGAUAGAACUUGCACCAAUCGUGAAAGAGACUUACUUAAAAGCAUAAAGGAUGAGAUUUUGGCCAGGAAUAUACCAGGAAAAGUAAAGAUAUCAGCACCUCAGCUCCAAAAAAUUAAGAACCGAAGUUAAAGUUGCAACAAAAAUGCUUAUUGAUAAAUGAUAAACUAUAAUACUGUCUUUAAAUAUUAUUCCGUUUAGUAAUACAUAAUGAGUUCUUAAAGAAUAAAAGUUAUAUUCGGCGCUGCAAUAUUUUA